UGACUGUGAUGAUAAAUGUUUGGAAAAGGUAGGAGUAGGCUGGUUAUGAGGAUAGUUACCAUGGAAACUGAGGAUAACAGCAUCAAUCAGACAUGCAAUGAAAAUCUAGUUUCACUCAGAAUAUUUGUUCCAGAAUUGACUUUACAGAAAUGCUUACAAUUUUCAAAAGAAGAAUUGAUUUGGAUUAUUAAAGAGCAAGUUCUUUCCUCUUUACCAAAGGAAUUGAAAGAAAGUUUCAACUAUGGUUUAUUUUGUCCGCCUGUUAAUGGAAAAGCUGGAAAAUUUCUUGAUGAAGAGCGUCCUUUAGCUGAUUAUCCAUUCCCUGAAUCUGAAGGUUAUUUAGAAGUGAAAUAUUCCCAAAAAAUUCCUAAACUAGAUAGGACUGAUGAGGAAAGUUUACCUGGUCUACAUAGUAGAGCAAAUCUACGUAGGAUGUUAGAAUAUAUAUCUAAUGGACAUGUAGAAAAAAUAACAAAAAUGUGUGCCAGAGGACUAGAUCCUAAUUUCCAUUGCCCUGAUACUGGAGAAACACCACUUACAGUUGCUACAACUUUAAAGGUUCCUGCCAAAGUCAUAAUGGCUCUAGUAAAUGGUGGAGCACUAUUAGAUUUUAGAACUAAAGAUGGACAAACAUCUUUGCAUAAAGCAGUAGAACGAAACAACUAUGAGGCUUUGAAGACUUUGCUUGACUUAGGAGCUUCUCCCAAUUACAAAGAUGCUAGAGGAUUAACAGCUUUAUAUUAUUCAGUAUUAUAUGGUAGUGAUCCUCAGUUAACUGAAUUGUUGUUACAUGACCAUGCAUCAAUUGGCUCUGCUGAUCCACAAGGAUGGCAAGAAGUUCAUCAAGCAUGUAAACAUGGUUUAGUUCAACAUCUAGAACAUCUUUUGUUUUAUGGUGCUGAUAUGAAUGCUCGAAAUGCAAGUGGUAAUACUCCCCUCCAUGUUUGUGCUGUUAAUGAUCAAGAAAGUAGUGCAAGAGUUUUACUUUUUCGUGGUGCUGAUAAAAAUGCUCUUAAUUAUGCUAACCAAAAUCCUUAUCAAGUUGCUGUGAUUGCUGGUAAUCUUACUCUUGCUGAAAUCAUAAAAAAUCACCGGCCUGAGGAUAUAGUGCCAUACCGGGAAGCUCCUCAGUAUAACCCUCGUCGUCGGGCCAGUGCUACGCCACUAAGUCGAACUCACAGUGAUCCAAGACUAGAAUUACCUUUAGGAGGAAAGCCACCUUCUCCAUGCCCUUCCAAUUGCUCUCUUCCACCUUUCUCUUCCAUUUCAACUAUAUCUGAGGCUUCUACUGGAUCAUCUUCCACCUGUACACAACCAAGUGGAGAAGACAGUGAAGAUACUGCUUCAGCAAGUGUAGUUACAGGGAAGAGUAUUGCUAGUGAUUCAUCAGGUGUCUGUACUAGUAAUAGUGGUGCAAGUUUUGAGUCUAAUGCAGAACAUCAAGAGAAUACAAAUUUUAUGUGUGGUAAAGAACACAAUGCUAUUACACCCGGCCAUGUAAAUCUCUCUCCUGGUGAUAUGGUUGAAAUUUUGAAUGUAAGAGAGAAUAGUCUUUUAGAAGGACAAAGGCAAGAGGGAGAAGAAGGAUCAUUUUCUACGUCUGUUGAAGAAGUUAAAACUGUAAAUGCAAAUAAUAUACCACCGUGUGGCAAACGAGUAGAAGGGAGAAGAGAAUUAAAUGCCAGAAAAAUGAGCACAAUGCCAAGGAAAUGGAAAAUGUAUGGAGAGCCAAGGACAGUUAUUCUUCAUAAAGGAAAGAAAGGAUUUGGCUUUGUUUUGAGAGGUGCAAAGGCUACUAGUCCAUUAAUGGAAAGACAACCAACAGAAUAUUGGCCUAGUCUCCAAUAUUUAGAUGAUGUUGAUAAAGGUGGCAUUGCUGAUUUAGCUGGUUUAAAAAAGGGAGAUUUUUUGUUAGAGAUAAAUGGUCAAGAUGUUUGCCAAGCAUCCCAUGAACAUGUUGUAGCCAUAAUUAGACACUCAGGAGAUUUAGUUGCAAUGACAGUUGUAACAGUUAAUCCACCUGCAGGUAACAUAGAUAAACCUGCAUUCAACCAAAGGCAAUGUGCAACAUUGCCAAGAAAAUUAUCAACAAAAAAAGCUCCUGUUCCACCUAAACGUGAUCCAAGAACAACCUUAUCUGUAGGAAGAGUACGUGCUAGAUCAAUGGUUGCAGGACUGGCAGAAAUUGAAGCUUUAGAUCGAACUUUAAAUGAAUAUGAUUCUGAAGGCAGAUCAACUAAAAGCAGUUCAAUUGAAAGUAUUCCAAAUAAGCAAAGCAAAGUAACAGAGAGUGUAACUCCAAAAAUUGCAUCCAUCCGUUCUCGACCGAGUUCUCGCCGUAUCACAGCUGCUGAGUUGGAAGAUUUUUUUUCUCGUCAGACUGGUGAACAUCAGAAAUAUGCAACUAUGUCACAUAUGUCCUGUAGAACUCCCAGAGUGUACGGUAGUGUUGCAGCUAUGAAACGGUCUCGUGCAUCUCGAAAUAAAUUAAUUGAUGCCUUUGGAAAGCUUCAUAAAGAAUAUCAUAGUACUCCAGAUUUAAAUACUGAUGUUUAUGAAACAGAAAUCAAUACUGAUAAAUCUAAAAAGACCAGUCAAAGUCAAGAUGAUAUACAGUUCCUCUGUAUGAAAAAUAAUAGGCAUUCAUGGGCAUAUCCACUUCAUUCUUCAUUGUCAGAUCAACCAACAAAUGAUCGUGUAGAUUAUGAUCAGUCUUAUUAUACAGAUUCUUGGAAAUCUAUAGAAGAAGUUUAUGAUAAACUAAAAAGUGGAACAUCUGUAUUCAAAGAAGACAGUUCACAGAUUUAUGCACAAACUCUUCCUCUUACUAAAAGAGAAAAAGCUAGUCAACCAGCAAGGAGUAGUUGUCCACCUCCAUCUCAUCCCCCUCCACCACCUCCUAUUGGACAAGUGAUCAAAGUAGAUGUAUCACGUGCUUUAGGUGAAUAUGCAAAUGUGCAUGUAAUUCGUGAGCACAAAUCAACAGUAAUGUCUAGUUUCCGGCCAGGUGACAGUGCCAAACUCUAUGCCUCGCCUGAAGUUGUAAUGAGUGUUGGUUAUAAAAAGAAAUCAAUGGGUUUACGAAGUGAACUUUUACAUCAUAGAAGAAUUGGAGGUGGCUCAAGUCUCAGGUCUCAUUCUCUUCCACCAAAAAUACCAACAAAUAAAAAUCCGUCUCAAAGCACUCCUUCAGAAACAGAAACAAGUGGUGAUUCCAACAUUCCCUGUUCAGCUUUUCGAAUAUCUAGCAGGCAAAGAGAUUCAGUAUCAUCAGAUAGUGGAAGUGUUUCUGAUAAAGGAACGUUAAAGUCUCUCAAAGGAAAAUCUACUAUGAAUAAUUCCUAUAUGUCAAAGUUUGAAGUGGAAGAAUCAGAAGUCAAUAGUCCUCAACAUUAUGCACCACUAAGGUCAAAGCCUCAUGAACCAUUUAUUCCAGAACCAGAUUAUGAAAGUAGUGAUGAUGAUAUUCCAACUUCUGUAGAUAAAGGUUGUAAUCUAUCAACUUUUGGUAAAGGCGACACACUGCAAAUCACAGCAGCUUCACAAGAACGAACUGAAGAAGAACAAAAACCAAUUAGCCCUCAUACAGAAGCCAAAAGAGCUAUUCAAGAAGCCAGAGAAAUUUUAAAAUCCAGUCAGAAGUCAUGUGAUAAAAUUAAUACAGAUACAGAUCAUAAUGUUAAAGAAUCUCAAAGUAUAUAUCAAUCAAUACAAGAUGAAUGUAACAUUAAUUCUGAAAGAAAUUCACCAAAAGUUCAAUACAGGCAUCCAGUUUCAGAAAAGUUAAAAGAGUUAAACAGAAAUAUGGAAUCAGUUGAAGAGACUAAAUCUCAAGAUAUAGAAAUAGUAUCAGGAACUGUACGAGAAAAUAUUCAUGUUUUUGAAAAGAAAAGUGAAAUGGCAUCUAAUUCUCCAAAUCUUAAAAAAGGAGAAGGAUUACGCAUGGCAGUUACUGGAUCACAAAUGAACAAAAUUUCUUCUGUAGAAAAUCAUGAAACUCGCUGUUUAAAAACUUCAUUAUCCUGUCCACAUGAUCUUUUCCAUGACGAUGCUGAAAAAGCAGAUAAUAGUUCUAGUGGUGUAUCUUCAGAUAUAGAAUCUCAAUGUGAUCCCAAUCAAGUUAUGGGAAAAGAACUCAAACAAGAAUUGCCUUCAAUGAAAAUUACAGAACAAAGAAAACUAUCACUUAAUAAGGACCAUAUAGAAUCUGAAAUGCAUCAUUGGAACAGUAAAAAUGUAAUGUACAAUAAUCAGCUUUUACAUUCAAAUCUUCUGGAAUGUUUAUCAACAGAAUCUCAUGAUAAAGUUGCAACUAAAAAUGAAGAAUGUGCCAAAUUGAGUGAAAGUAUUGAAGAAAGUCUUCAGUUAAUUCGAGUUCAAGUAGAUUCCCUUGCUCUAGCAGCUGUAAAUGAAGUGGAUGUUUUCACUGAGCUUGUUCCUCCUCCUCCUGAGUUUGCUGUUCCAGCAAAUGAAAAUCAAGUCUCAGAUAUUGUUUUGGAGACAAUUGCACCACCACCGGAAUUCUGUGAUGAGUCGUCAUCUAACAGAAUUUCAAGUGCAAAUUUAACUAGACUUUCUUCUUCUGCAAGUGAUUCUUCAGGAAGAUCAAGUUCUCCAGAAAAUAUUCCAAUCAAUUACACUUAUGUAGACUAUACCUAUCCAACAUCUACGACAUCAAGAAUAAUCGGUUCACCACGACACGUAGCCAAUGGGACAACUAAUGUUAUCAGCAGCCAUCAUACCAUUCAUAGGAAUCAGAAAGAAUACGAAGUUACUCGUUUAAAAUCUGUAAAAAGAGAGUUUCGCCAUAAACCUCUUCGAGAAUGGAAUAGUGUUGAUGUAUCAGAUUGGCUAGAUAGUCUCUUUUUACCAGAAUAUAAAAUUAAAUUCAGUGAAGCUGGAAUUACGGGUGCAAAAUUGGCUAACAUGGACAAUAAUGAUCUAAUGGGAUUGGGGGUGAAACAAGUCGGGCAUCGUUUGAAUAUGGAAAGAUCAUUGAAAAGGUACCAGAAAUGAAUUGGCAUAGAGAAUUGUUAUCUCACUUACAGAUCAUGUCACUGCCAGCAAAUAUGCAGCAAAUGCAGUUCAUGCUCUAAUGCUGACUGUUACAUAAGCAGCAAUGUGCCUGUUUGAAUCAAAGAAAUAUGAGUUCAAGGAAUAAUUGAUUUUUCUCAUAGAACUCUAAAAUCACCCAUCUCAAUUUUACUCAGUCUCUGUGACACAAAGAAUGUAUAGUUACUGCCCAUUGAUCAACAUAGAUAGUUUCAUCCUAUAAAACAUAUUGUAUCGUGUGCGUUCGGUAUUGCUUGAGCAGUAGCUGUAUAAUAUAAAAAGAGUACAAAAAUCUUUGUACUUAUUAUCGGUUGUACAGAUAAAAACUUCUUGGUAACUGUCAUUGUGUUGUUGAUGGACCAGUUAUUUUUUAAAAUGUAGAAAGUGCAUAUAUAUAUAAAUAUAUAUAUAUAUAUAUAUAAACACAUUAUAUAUAUAUAACAACCAUAGAUAUCUAAUCUGAUUGUUAAUAAAGUGUCUAAAGAUGAGUACAGUAUCAAAUAAUAAU